UGCACUGGGACAUCUAUCCCAAAAAAUCAAAACAAAAACAAGAAUUUUCCGAAUUUUCAGGGAAAUUAAGCAAUAAAACUCAACCUAAAAAUUCUAUGACUCACAUUGUUGACUAAAGUAAUAGUAUGGAAUUUGCGAAUUUCCUCGCCUUGAUCAUCGGACUCUUCAUCACAAUCGUCGGAAUUUUGGCCUGUCUCGGCAAACAAGCUCGUCGUCUUCAGUCGGGAGCUUACUAGCAUCCGGCUUCUUCUGCACAAACGCCCUGCUUUUCACCACUCUAGUAGCAACAAUGAUUCGUCUUUCUUCAUCUGUCGUUCGAGCGAAUUUUCUUCUGCGACACACUCCAGCAACGCAAAAUGUUCGUCAUUUCAGCAAAGAUGACUCCUUUCAAGGUACCUGGAAAUUCCUCUCGGAAAGUACUCCCGUUCACUACAUGCAAGAAGCUUUGACUGCCGUUCACGACAUCUCCGGGCUUCCGUGGUGGGCCACAAUUGCCGUCUCAACAUUCGCUCUGCGCACAGUAAUAACGCUCCCGCUGACGGUUUACGAGUACAAAAUCAUUAGUCGCAUCGAGAAAAUCCGCAAAGAGUAUCCGGCAAUUAUCGAAGAACUGAAACGCGAAACGGCCAUCGCCAAAAAUCAAUUUAAAUGGACUGACGACCAAGCGAAACGGAUGUUUAUGCAUUCGGCAGCCAAACAAUGGAACAACUUAGUUGUUCGAGAAAAUUGUCAUCCAGCAAAAACAAAAAUCACAAUUUUGUUCCAACUUCCGUUUUGGAUCACAACUUCGGUCGCCAUCCGAAAUCUCGUGUAUUGCUUGCCAAAUCCGAAUUUGCUGGAAGCGAAAAUGGCGUUUAUGGACCUGUGUACCGGCGGAUUUCUGUGGAUACCGAAUCUCACGGUACCAGAUGAGAGUUGGAUUCUUCCCGUGGCACUUGGACUCGUCAAUUUCACAAAUAUGAAAAUUCAGAUGACUUGGAGGAAAACGGGACCGGAGACGAAGCUGCAAACUGGCAUAAGAAGAGUGUUCAUCGGUUUGAAUUUUGUCAUGGUUUAUAUUGCGACAAUUGCUCCGUCAGCUCUUUGCUUAUAUUGGGUGUCGUCUAGCAUGCAUGGCAUGGUGCAAAAUCUGGCCUUUGUCUCUCCGAAGGUUCGACGAGUGCUGGGAAUUCCGGAAUUGAAACAUUAUCCCAAAGACAAGCCGUAUAAAUAUUUGUUAGAACGAAUGUUGAGUAGAAACAAAUGAUUUUUUGGUU